AUGGCCACCAAGUACUACGAUCAUCUAGACGACGCGCCGUUUACGAUCCAGCAGAACAUCGACAAUCCGACCUCAGCCAUACCAGUCAGCGAGCGGAUUGCCGUCAUCGAAGAGAAGAUCAACAAGGAGGCGGAGGCACCACCCAAGAAGAAGGUCAAGAAAGUGAAGGCACCAGUCGUCAGCUCAGCCAUGCUCACCAACACCAAUCAACGACUUCGUAAGGAGAUCACCGAGAAGUCGCUUCUGAACACCUACAAGUACCAGCCCUACAUCGCAGCUAAGCGCAGAGAGUGGGGCAACAUCAAGAAUGCACAAGCAAUUCGACUACUUCCACCUGCUGAAGCCGAUAAAGUACGUCAAGAUCCCGAUCGAGCUUCCAGGAUCAUGGGCUCUCGCUGGGUGCUCACCGACAAGGACGGUAAUCCUGAGGAGGUCGACGCUAGCAAGCGGCAGUUGAUGUUCAUGAGCGACGGCACUUGGAGGAUGGCAAAGGCUCGCUGGACCGUUCAAGGACACACCGACCCCGACCUGCUCGAUCUCGAGACCUACAGCCCAGUCGUCGGCAAGGACUCCGUGUUCCUGAUCUUGCAGAUCCUGUGCUCUAACAAGUGGACCUUGCAGCUAGCAGUGUAUGGCCUAGGCGAUGCUCCCCUACAAUGGCUGUCAGCUUUCACCAAGUACGCCAAGGAGAUCGGCUUCCAGUGCUCUAUAUUCGACAGCUGCGUCUUCUACUUGAGAGGCGAGAAGGGACUUCACGGCAUCAUGGGCCUCACUGUGGACGACAUCGUGGGUGGUGGAGACGUUCUAUUCGACACUGCAUGUCAGAAGCUACGAGAAAGGUUUCCUUUCGGAGCGUGGCGCCACAAGAGCGGGAAGUACACCGGUAAGGAGCUACAGCAGAACGAGGACAACACCGAGAUCACGAUGUCACAAAGCUUCAGUUCGAGCAGCAUCCAGCUAAUCAACAUAGCCACUGAACGAAAGAUGCCCAACCUGGUGGUGGACGACUUGCUGGAGGCGAACCGCAUCGGCAGGAUGACCAAGGAAUUCAGCUCGGUGAUUCUCAAGAUCAAGCACAUCCCAUUGCACGAGAUGGCUUUUGCAGUUUUCGAUGACGCGGCCUGGGCAAAUGCCAGAGAUGGAGCUUCACAGGCUGGAUGCAUCGUGUUCGCCACACAGCGCAAGAUUCUCAAAGGUGAGCCCGCCAUCAUCUCGAUCCAGUCCUGGAAGAAUCACAAACUUAAGAGGAAGUGUGCUCACCAGUUCGGUGCCGAGACGCUGGCGAUUUCAGAGGGAAUGGCGACGGGAGAGCUCAUUCGCACCAUGUUGCUCGAGAUUAUGGACAGCGAGUUCGACCUGAUGAGGUCCUACAUGCUAGCAUCUAAGUUUCCAGUGAUCAGCGUCACCGACUCCAGAGGCGGCUACGACCACGUGACCAAUCCCAAGGCAGGCUUGGCCGAGGACAAGCGCGCCGCCAUCGACGUAGCCAUCGUUCGAGCAGCCCUGCAACGACCAGAAGUUCACCUUCGGUGGAUCGAGGGCACCAGCCAGCUCACCGAUCCACUCACCAAGCGUAAGGGCGAGAGCGCCCUACUACGACAAGCUCUACAUGACGGAGAAUACGGCAUCACUGCAGACAGCAUCGUGCUUCGCCGACGGUACGAGGACAGAGUUCGACGCCAGAAAAAGGAGCCAGCCAAUUUCGCCGUGACCAACUGCUGCUUCUCUGGACUCCACCUCUACGAGAUGGACUGUACGGGCACCUUAGGUGCCACCAGCAGCGUGGACGAUCUCAACUACGAGCCCGAAGCCUACAAGCGCCUCAGGGAGACCCAGCAGAUCUUCCGAGAGAGGCCCGGGGCUA